AUGGGUUUAAUGAAUUUUGAUAAUCAUGGUUGGUGGUUGAGUGCAAUGAGGGAGUUGGUGGUUAAGUGUAAUGGGGGAGUUCUGGUUAUGGGUUGGAGGUCGUGGAGAGAGCACCAACUCCAAACGCAAUUCUUUAAACUCACUUGGUGGGUUCGUGCGUUUGGGUUGUUGAUUGGUGAUUCAUGGAAGGAGAGUCCAUGGCCGUGGGCUGAGAGUGGGUUUAAGGGAGCCCUGUUGUUUGGGAAGUGCUUGGAGGUGAAUUUUUCAAAGCAUCCAAACAUUACAACGGGAGCUGAUUCACACGACUAUUCAAACUCAAAUCUGAACCGUUUUAACCGUAAUGCUGCAAAAAAUUACCGAUACUGUUGCUCCCCGACAAAGAUGAUCCACUUGUCUACUCUCCCCCAGGAUGUGACUGAGGAGGAGAUUGUGGCCCACUUGGAAGAACAUGGCACCAUUGAGAAUACCAAACUCUUUGAAAUGAAUGGAAAGAAGCAAGCUCUUGUCCUGUUUGAAACUGAGGAGCAGGCUACUGAAGCCCUUGUAUGCAAACAUGCCACGCCCCUUGGUGGUUCAACUAUUAGAAUAUCCUUUUCCCAGUUGCAAACCAUUUGAGGACACUUGUGCGGGAAGGGUAGCACGAAUAAUGGAUCGUGAACAGAAUGAAUAUUUAUGUUCCGGUGACUUGCUUUCUUACUGUCUCUCAUUUGUUGUAACUGAGGUUUAUUUGUUUCCGUCAUGGUGGAUUCAUCUUUGCUUCUGUACCAUCAUUUUCCUUCUCAUGCUUUUAUGACUGCAAGUUUUUUCUAUUACUAACAUCAGGGAGGAAGAUUUGGGGACAUGCAAAUUUUGUAGAGUAGGAGAGGGAAGCAAGUUAUAUCUGAUUGAUGUUUAUUGUAUAUAGCUUGUAGGCUGCUUGGGCUAUCCAUUAUCCCUGCCAAUUCAUACCUGUUAUUCGACAAACCUGUUUGUUUCUGCUUCAUGUUCCUCUCUCUCUCUCUCUCUCUCUGGAUGCCUUUUUUUUCUUCUCUCUUUCUGGAUGCCAAUCUUCUUCUCUCUUCUUCUUCCCUCUGGUUCGCAUGGAGUUAGGCAAUAUAGUCUGUUGUCAUUCUUCCCAUUGGGAAAAUGGAUGUGGUAUCUAUCUUUGGAUGUGUAAUUUUGAUUUUGUAGUAUGGACAAAUAUUUACUACAUCAAACAAAUGAGUGCUGGUGCUGCAGAGAAGGUUGGA